AUGAAGGAUUUGCCUCUGUCCCUGCUGAGCCGGGGGUGUGGUCGAUUUGUCUCGUCCAACAGAAACACAGGGAGACAUUAUGGACGGCUGGACGUUUGCUUUACACCACAGGAUUACUACAUCUGGAAGUCCCAGGACUCUCUCUUGCGACUGUCCAAUGGAGGCCGUCUGCUUGUGGAGGCAGAGUCAACCCUUCCAAAGACUUACAGCACUCGCAGGGGGGCACUUCUGCUGUACUCCCAGGACUUGGUUACUAUGGAAACCAACUGUCACUCAGAAACCAGAAACAGGAAGCAGCGGGUUGUUCAGCAGUACAGCCAACAUAUGGAACAGCAGCUGAGCACACUCAAGGAACUAACGGCAGCCAUUUUGAACUACAGCAACAAUCAGUUCACCUCCUCCAGACUUGGUCCACCUUUCGUUCCUCCUCUUCGUCUCCCUCUUGCUACAGACCUUCAUCGUCCCAGUCCUCUGCCCUUUCACACCACACGAGAGCAGUCCAGUAAACAGCUACCUGUACAGUUUAACCCCCAGACGCUUCCUGCAACGAGAAACACUGAACAACUGGAGAGUCAACCUGAGGAUAAAGAGGUGGAGCAACACAUCAGGAAGAGAAUCAGACUGGAUGUGUUCCUCCAGAUACCCAGAACCGCCAGGACUCCAACUCCACAAACGGAACUUCAGCCCUGGGUACACUACGUAACUGUGACCCCUGAAGAAGAAGAAGCUCAGCCACAGACUCACUCAGACAGGAGUCUGCAGCAUGCUGAAAGUUCACAGCAGACUGAAAGAAAUCAUCACAGUAUGGGAGUGGACCUCCAUCAUCCAAACAUGAACUGUGACAGUGAAGCGCCAGAUGAUCAAGGCUGUUCUAUUCAAGACAGUGAAACGACCAGUGAUAAAGGCAGUUAUGAAAGAUCGAUGAACGUGAACAGACAUGGGAGGACAGGCCUCCUUCCUCCUCUGACAGUGGGACAGUCAGUCAGCCACGGGUCCUGCUUGGAGAAGACAGACAGGCCAGGAUGGGAGCGCCCCAUCAGUGACGACAAGCAUGCACAGCGCCUACCUCCCAUAGCAGAGAGUCGUACUGUUGUCCCCAACCAGGCUAUCCAGGCUCAGACCAAGCAGGAUGCACCACCAAAGGCAGACAGAGUUGGCUCUCAAUCCCAGGAAAAUCUGAGUCGACUUCAUCAGCAGCCUCUGUUUCUUCCUCUGCUGUUUCCUGGGAAGGAGGACGAGAUAAAUGGGAAGCGAAGAGGAGGAGAAAAAACAGAGAGACAGCGUUUUAAAAAAGAAACAGCAGGGCAGCGAAAGGGAGAAAGAAAAGGAGAUGGAGGAGGAACGGUAACCACUGAGAAAGGCUAUAUGAUUCUGCUGGAGCCGGAAGAAGAGCCUCGUCCUCCUGUAGGGGUGUUGGGUUGUGUUGCAGGACGGAAAGGCCCGGGAAAGCAGAGCUCUCUGGCCUUCUUACAGAACCAGGGUCCCUGUGAAUCCAGCGAUGCUAGCAGAGGUGUGGUCAGGGGUGUUCUGCCGCUGGAGCUGAGAGAUUUGCAGAAUGGUGAAUCUGUUGGCAGCCUGAUCCUGGGUCCCGAUGGGGAGAUCAUACAACUGUCCCUGUUCGACAACAGCCAGGACCCAUCUCAGGGUGGUGGUGACACACAGGAGCAAGCUCUCCAGGUUAUGUCUGCAGAAGGAGAGAAGUUACCCUGGGUUAUUGUCCUGCAGCCUGAACAUACACAUACAGAAGAAGGGGUGGAGCUGAGCACAGACGUUCCUCUGGCCAACAUCCAGCACCAUCAGUCAAUAGACAAGCUCUUAGAUCUUCACAGAUGGACAGAGACUAAUGCAUGCUCACCCAGCAGCCACACAGACCCAGUGGCUGUGACCAAGAAAAAAACGAAGAGUGCAGAGGCAGUGGCGGAAACAUGGAAGGCAUCAAAAAAGAAUCCUAAAAAGAGGGUGAGGAUGCCUCCACUGAGGGAGCGGGUAGGAAAGGAGGAGUCAAGAGGAGACUACACUGAGGAGGAGGAGGAGGAGGAGGAGGAGGAGGAAGAAGAGCGGGACAGUGAAGUACAGACUUACCAUUCAUCUGGAUUGCAUCAGCCAGGGUUGCAGUGGUUCAAAGGUGAGGCAUCAUGCAGUGAGCAGAACGUCAACCCAAAUGAAGCAACCGCAGAGGAUGCUGUGGACAAAAAGAGGAAGAAUACUAAGAGGAAGGAUGCUGAGGAAGCUGCAAUAACCACAGGGAAAAGGGACAUGAAAACAGUGAGACCAGAAUCAGAUGACCAGAAGACAUCGAGGACAAAUAAGGAAGGAAGAUGGCGGAGACAAAAGACAGGAAGUGACGUUCAAUCAAUCAGGAGCAGGAAACAAGAGGAGAGGUCCAACGGGGAAGCUGCAGAGACUCAGGACCAUUCUACUCUCCCUUCUAAAAAGAAGAGGACAGCCAGGGAAGGAGAUAGAGGAGAAGUGACGAUGAAUAAGGAGAAAGAAGAGCGAGGAGAAGUGGAGAGGCAAGAGUCUUCAGGGAGGAGGAGGAGGAGAAAAGGAAGGCUGAAACACAAAGAGUCAUUUGUCGGAAACCAUGAGAAAGAGGAGGUGGAGAUUAAUCAGGAUAUCGAGGAGGAGUCUCACCUCACCAGAAGGCCCUCUGCAACACAGAGACCUGAUGACAAAACAAACCCAAAUUCAGACGAAGGCACAGACACAGACACAGAUCAUCUUUCCAGUGACGCUGACCGAUACAGCAGCGUCCGAUCAGUGAGCUCGCUCAGGUCCACUGCUGCUGCGUCCCAGCUCAAUCACAGGAGCCUGAGAAGGUCAGCUGCCUCUUCCUGGGAGGGGGCAGUGCCAGCCAGCGCCAUGGGACUCACUUCAUCACGUGGCCGCCUGUCGUCAUGUUCAACUGUCAUGGUAACGGAGGAACAGCUGAUGCUGAACCCAGUAAAGCCAGAGUCCUCCAGGCCCAGGAAGAGUCAGGCGGAAGAGGAGGAGGCUGCAGCUCUGCGUCUGGCUCAGCGAGCAGAGCGACGGAGGCAGGAGGUGGAGAGGAAGAGGAGGGAGCGUGAGGAAGAGGAGAGGAAGCGGGAAGAGAGGGAGCAGACAGAGGAGAGGAUGAAGAGCGAGCUGGAGGAGGAGAGGAGGAAGAGAGCUGAGGAGCUCAGGCUGAAGAAGUGGGCAGAAGAGGAGGAGAGGAGGAAACGCGAGGAAGAGGAGCAGGCGGGAGCGAGAAGGGAAGAGGCACAAAGAGAAAGAGAAAGGAGGAGGCAGGAGGAGAGGAGGCGGCAGAUGGAGCGACUCCAGAGGAUGAGAGAGGAGGAGGAGCAGAGGAGGAAAGCUGAACUAGAGUUGGUGCGCCUGGAAGAGGAGAGGAGGCAGGAGGAGGAGAGCAAGAAGCUACAGGAGAUGGAUGAGAGUGAGAGGAGAGAGUACCUCUGUAGGAAGGAGCAGCAGGAGGAGGACAGGAAGAACAAAGAAGAGGAGCGUAAGAGGAUAGAAGAGGAGGCCGCCUUGCGGGUCGCAGAGGAAACCAGGCUGCAGGCGGAGCUACUUACCAGACAGAUGGCGCUGUUGCAGCAGCAGUUGGCUUUUAAAAGGGGUCUCGUGCUGGAGGCUGGAGGUCUGGAGAAAACCCAGGGUAUCUCCAGACCGUGGAUCUACUCUUAUUUCGCUUUGUUACAGCUACUGGGUCUAACUCCAACUAAAGCUGAGACCUGAGCUUUAACUUUCAUUUGAGAUCAUGAAGGAUGGAUGAGUGGCACAAGAUUGCUGUAUGCUGAAAUGGUUCACUGGUUUUUGAUCAUUAAAAAAGUGGAAAACAUUUGGUGAAAUAAAUUGGAUCAAAAAAAAAUUAAUACUCAACUUUCAGCAGGCAAACAUACAUGACAAGCACACAAGUCAUCAGUCAGGAUGCAUAAAAUGAUAAAAGAUAAGAAGCAUAGGAUCAAACAGGAUCAACCAUAUGGGGCCAUGUAACUACAACUAUGUGUGCAUCUUUUUGUCAAAUACUUUUUAUAUCAAAAAUAAUUGAGUUCAGUAAUUUUAUAUCAUUUCCC